AACGAGCUUCCGCUUCCGGUUCCAAGGCUGAAUUGGCUGUGAGCCGAGGCUCUGGUGGCUCCGGUGUACCUGCCGGGCCUUGCCUGAGAUGGAAAGCCGGAUUCCUUAUGAUGACUAUCCAGUGGUUUUUCUGCCUGCCUAUGAGAAUCCCCCAGCAUGGAUUCCUCCUCAUGAGAGAGUAUACCACCCAGACUACAACAAUGAGUUGACCCAGUUUCUACCCCGAAUCGUCACACUGAAGAAGCCUCCUGGUGCUCAGUUGGGAUUUAACAUCCGAGGAGGAAAGGCCUCCCAGCUAGGCAUCUUCAUCUCCAAGGUGAUUCCUGACUCUGAUGCACAUCGAGCAGGACUUCAAGAAGGGGACCAAGUUCUAGCUGUGAAUGAUGUGGACUUCCAAGAUAUUGAGCACAGCAAGGUUUUAUCUGUUUAUUCAGACAAUCUGCUGUGUUCCCUCCAGGCUGUUGAGAUCCUGAAGACAGCCCGUGAAAUCAGCAUGCGUGUGCGCUUCUUUCCCUACAAUUAUCAUCGCCAAAAAGAGAGGACUGUGCACUAGAGAGUUGCAGCCCAUGGCCCUCCAAGUGGAAUCUGCCAGGAACAAGCUAGCCAGGCCCCAGGGAAGCCACUUGGGAAAUUUUCAGCCCCUCCUUGGCAUAAUGGGUGGAGAAGAUGGGAAGACAGCCAACUGCAUUACCCAAAUUGUACUAUACUUUGAGUCUUUGAGUUUCCUAGUUUUCUAGGUGGGCUUCAUUAUCUGAAAGAAGGAUGAUGAUGUCUAGAGAUAGCCUAUUCUGGAGGGAACCCAGCAAGAAAAGGAAACUGACAUUUAUUGGAUGUAUAAUACACUUAGACACUGUUUUUGCCCCUUCUUCCUCCUGUCCAAAAAAGUAAAACACAAUACUUGAAUAAAUGUUGUGACUUGAAUGAUAUCAAUUAGAUGUAAAAUGCUAUUGAGGCAAGAAAAAAACUGUUCCAAAGAGAGGAGCCACUGGAAUAAACAGCCAGUUCUAUACUUCCUUCACAACUGUCUAUGCCUGGUCAGAUCAUUAGAGAGGCCCAGGAACCUUAGCCACAGUAUGACCAAGGAAUGGCCUAGGGUGAAGGAUACUGAGAG